AUGGAACUCUGUAACUCUACCUUGGGAAGCGGCUUCAUUUUGGUGGGGAUUCUGACUGACAGUGGGUCUCCUAAUCUUCUCUGUGCCACAGUCUCAGUCCUGUAUAUGCUGGCCCUGACCAGCAAUGGCCUGCUGCUCCUGGUCAUCACCAUGGACGCCCGGCUCCACGUGCCCAUGUACCUCCUGCUCAGCCAGCUCUCUCUCAUGGACUUGAUGCUUGCAUCUGUAGUUAUCCCUAAAACACUUGUGGAUUAUCUGCGUGGGGAGAACGCCAUUUCCUUUGAGGGCUGUGCCCUUCAGAUGUUCCUGGUACUGAUGCUGGGUGGUGCAGAGGGCCUCCUACUGGCCUUCAUGGCCUAUGACAGGUAUGUGGCUAUUUGUCACCCUCUGAACUACAUGGUCCUCAUGAGGCCUAGGAUCUGUUGGCUCAUGAUGGCCACAUCCUGGAUGGUGGCUUUCCUGAAUUCUGUGAUACAAACUUCUUACACUAUGCAUUUUCCUUUUUGCAUGUCCCGGGAAAUCAGGCACCUGCUCUGUGAGAUCCCACACUUGCUCAGGUUGGCCUGUGCGGAUACCUCCAGAUAUGAGUUCAUGGUAUAUGUUGCAGGUUCAGUCUUUCUCAUGCCUACCCUUGUUUCCAUCCUUGCCUCCUAUACAUUUGUCCUAGUUGCUGUCCUCCACCUGUCCCCAGGUGAGGGAAGGCAGAAAGCCCUCAUCACGUGCUCUUCUCAUCUGACUGUGGUGGGGAUGUACUAUGGAGCUGCCAUGUUUAUGUAUAUCCAGCCCAGUUCCCACCACAGUCCCCAACAGGACAACAUCCUCUCUGUGUUUUAUGUUAUCGUUACUCCAGUACUGAACCCUCUCAUCUAUAGUCUGAGAAACAAGGAGGUAAUGGUGGCCUUCAGGAGACUAUUGGGGACAUUUUCCUUUUUCCAGGGCUGCUAG